GGAGGCGGCCAUGCUGGCGGAGGAGCGCGACCUCGCCAAGGAUGCGCAGUGGAAGCGCAUCCAGCAGAAUACGUUCACGCGCUGGGCCAACGAGCACCUGAAGGUGGCCAGCCGUCACAUUGGCUCGCUGGAGACGGACCUGCAGGAUGGCCUCAACCUGAUCGCGCUCAUCGAGGUUCUCAGCGGCAAGCGAAUGCCGAAGCACAGCCGGCGGCCGGCCUUCCGCUCGCAGAAGCUGGAGAACGUGUCGGUGGCGCUGCGGUUCCUGGAGCGGGACGAGCACAUCAAGAUCGUCAACAUCGACUCCGCCCACAUCGUGGACUGCCAGCUGAAGCUGAUCCUGGGCCUGAUAUGGACGCUCAUCCUUCACUACAGCAUCUCCAUGCCCAUCUGGGAAGGCGACGACGACCUGGACAACGGCGAGGACAAAGGGCCCACUCCCAAACAGAGGCUGCUGAACUGGGUGGGGGCCAAGAUGCCGCAGGUGCCCGUCAGCAACUUCACCUCUGACUGGCGCGACGGCAAGGCCAUCGGAGCCCUGGUGGACGGCUGUGCUCCAGGCCUGUGUCCAGACUGGUCCGACUGGAGGUCUGACGAGGCCCUGAAGAACGCCUCCGAAGCCAUGGCUCUGGCCGAUGACUGGCUGAGCGUACCUCAGCUGAUCCGGCCCGAAGACAUGGUCGACCCGAAUGUGGACGAGCUGUCCAUGAUGACGUAUCUCUCCCAGUACCCCAACGCCAGGCUGAAAUCAGGAGCGCCAAUCCGCACCAAGACGAACCCUGGCAGGGUGAGAUGUUACGGCGCCGGUGUGGAGCCGACCGGUGUGGUGGUGGGCGCUCCCACCUUCUUCACAGUGGAGACGUUCUCGGCCGGUCAGGGCAAGGUCGAGUGUCAGCUGGUGCGACCGGGAGGGCAGCCAGAGCCGAUCGACGCCCAGUUCAGCGGCGACCGGAGGCUGACGUACAGCUGCCGGUACACCCCGACGGCCGAGGGCCGUCACCUGGUCAUGGUGCUGUUCAGGGGCCGCCAGCUGCCCUGCUCGCCAUUCGCCGUCGACGUCGAGGGGUUCGCCGGCGACCCGGGCAAGGUCACGGCGUCGGGCCCAGGCCUGGAGCCCAACGGGGUCGUUGUUGGAAAGCCGACGUUCUUCGACAUCUUCACCGAAGGUGCCGGCCGGGGCACGCCGGAGGUAGUGCUGCUGGACCCGAAGGGCAGCAACAGCCCCGCCUCGGCGCUGCGGCUGGGCCGGGUGGAGCCCGGCCGCUGGCGCUGCGACUACACCGCCCAGCGGCUGGGCCAACACUCGGUGGACGUGCUGUUCGCAGGGCGGCCGAUCCCCGGCUGCCCCCGCGCCGUCCGGGUCGGCCCAGCAUGUGAGCCUCGUCGGGUGCGGGUGACGGGUCGCGGGCUGCAGGGACACGGUGUCCGGGUGGGCGACACGGCCGACUUUCGCGUCUGGACAGACGGCGCCGGCGACGGACAGCUGCAGCUGCGCGUCAUCGGACCAGGUGGCGCUAACGAAUCGGCACACCUUAGAGAGGUGGAGGACGGUGUGUAUGAAGGCGUGUACUAUCCUCAGCGGGAGGGCCGCUACAUCGUCAUGAUCACCUUCGGCGGUCACGAGAUUCCCAGGUCGCCGUUUGAAAUCAACGUCGGGCCGGCAAAGGAGUCGGCAAUCCGAUGUUACGGACCCGGCCUGAAGGGCGGCGUAGCGCACGCGCCGGCCGUCUUCACCGUGGAGACGAAUGGCGAGACGGGCGCGCUGGGAUUCAGCAUCGAGGGGCCGUCGCAGACGCAGAUUCAGUGCCGAGACAACGGUGACGGCUCGGCGGACGUCACGUACGUGCCGACGGUGCCCGGCGAGUACGCCGUGCACGUGCUCUGCGCGACGGAGGACAUCCCGCGCUCGCCCUGGAUGGCGCAGAUCGUGCCACGCACAGAUGGCGACGCCAGAAAGGUGACGGUGACGGGGCCCGGGGUGCAGCCAGAGGGCGUGACGGCCGGCGAGAGCACCCACUUCACGGUGGACACCAGCUCGGCUGGCAGCGGCGCCCUCAACGUGACGGUUAUGGAUGAAGGACACAACAAGAUACGUACCGACAUCAAGGAGCAAUCUCCCGGUAUCUACCGUGUCGACUACACAGCCAACACCGGCGGCAAACACACUGUGCAGGUGGAGUACGGCGGUCUGGCCGUGCCUCAGUCCCCGUUCCGUGUGUUGGCCGCGGACCGGCUGGACCCCAGCCAGGUGCGCGUGUUCGGACCCGCGCUGGAGCCGGGCGUCACGGCACAGGAGGCCACCCACGUCAGCGUCGACACGAUCGGCGCUGGGACAGGUGAGCUUCACCUGCUGCUGCGGCACUGUGAAAGCGGCGCCGAGGUGCCCGUUCGACUGGAGGAGGCCAGCAGCGAUGUGGUGCGCGCCCACCUGGUCUAUCCCGGGCCCGGCACGUACAGCCUGAACGUCAGCUACGGCGGCCAGGACGUGCCGCAGAGUCCGCUGACCGUCGCGGUGCUGCCCAGCACUGAUGUCUCACAGAUCCUCGUGGAGGGACUGCAGCCAAGCGUAUUUGUCGACUCUCCGGCGGACGUGUUGUGCGACGCGCGCGGCGUGGCUGGCGCCGAGCAGGGCCGCCUGGCGUGUCUGGUCACCGGUCCGUCCGGCGACAGCUGGCCCGCCCGCGUCCAGCCGGCCGGCGAUGGCACAUUCCACAUUGACUACACGCCCCUCGAGGAGGGUCGACACCAGGUCGAGAUCACCUACAACGACGUGCCGGUGCCGGGCUCACCGUUCCAGGUGACGGCGCGGCCGGGCUGUGACCCGGGCCGGGUCACGGUCACCGGUGCUGGCCUGCGCCGAGGUCUCGUCGGUCAGGCCAACACCUUCACUGUCAACACCCGCGGGGCGGGCUCCGGCGGCCUGGCCCUGGCCAUCGAGGGCCCGUCCGAGGCCCAGAUGUCUUGCGUCGACAACAAGGACGGCUCCUGCACGGUCGUGUACGCUCCAACGGAGCCCGGCCAGUACGACGUCAACGUCAAGUUCGCCAACCAGCCCAUCCCCGGGUCUCCGUUCAAGGUGCCGGUGGAGCUCGCGGUGGACGCCUCCGGUGUGGUGGCGCUCGGCCCCGGCGUCAGCGCGGACGGCUGCCGGGCCGGCGUACCGCUCACGUUCUCAGUGGACGCCUCGCGCUCGGCCCCGGCUGCCCUCGGUGUGGACAUCCGCAGCGAUAGGGGUCCGCUGCCGCGCAAGCCCACGGUGGAGGACAACGGAGACGGCACGUACACCGUCACCUACCAUCCGCCGCCGGAGGGCACCAUCUGUAUGCCGCGUGUCACGUGGGAUGGCGAGGACAUUCCGGGCAGUCCGUGGCGGCUGCUCGUGUUGCCCACCUGUGAGCCAUCGAGCGUGCGACUGUCCGGUGCCGGCGUCUCCAGUAGCGGAGUACCCGCCUCGCUGCCCACGCAGUUCACCGUCGACACGCGCCAGGCCGGCUUCGGCGACCUGGAGGCCCAGGUCGUGGGUCCCGACAGUGAGCCCCGCACGCUGGAGGUAGUGGAUAACGAAGACGGCACGCUCACGGGCCGGUACACGCCCGACGACUGCGGCCGGUACCACGUGGCGGUGAAGUACGGCGGUCAGGCGGUGCCCGGCUCACCCGCCGUCGUCGAGGCCCGUGCCAGCGGACAGGCCGACCGAUGCUGGGUGGAAGAAGGCUUCUUCCGGGACCGGGUGGUCCGCGUCGGGGAGGAGAACUGCAUCACCGUCAACGCCCAGCGGGCCGGCCCAGGCAACGUAACCUGUCACAUCCGGCCCGCGGCCAACUCCCGUGAUAUUGACCUUGACAUCGAGGACUGCGGGGACGGCACGUUCAAGAUAUACUUCAAGGUCAAUGACGCCGGAGAAUACACCAUGGACAUCAAGUUUGGCGGACAGCCGAUACCAGACGGGCUCUACUCCUUCUUGGCCCAGUUCGAGGAGACCGUCACUCGCUCCCGGAUCGGACACGUGACUGCAGUCGGCCCCGCCCAGCCGGGCACCGAGCACGCCCAGUACCGGCCGGUCAAGCUCAGCUGCAUCCCGCUGCCCACCUCUGGAGGCUCUGUCACAGCCGAGGUCAGGAUGCCGAGCGGUGGUGUGGACAAGCCGGUGAUCGAGGACAACCGGGAUGGCACCGUGACCAUCAAGUACGAGCCGAAGGAAGAGGGCCUACAUGAGCUGCUGCUGAAAUUCAACGGGGAGCACGUGCAGGGAUCCCCGUUCAAGUUCCACGUGGAUUCUCUGGCGAGCGGCUAUGUGACGGCGUACGGUCCGGGCCUGGUGCAUGGCAUCACCGGCGAGCUGGCCACCUUCACCGUCACCACCAAGGACGCCGGUGCAGGAGGGCUGUCGCUGGCGGUGGAGGGCCCGAGCAAGGCCGACAUCAGUUGCCAUGACAACAAGGACGGCACGGUGUCUGUCUCGUACCUGCCCACCUCACCCGGCGUGUACAAGAUCGCCGUCAAGUUCUCCGACAAGCACAUCAAGGGCAGCCCGUUCGCGGUGAAGAUCACUGGCGAGGGACGCAAGCGGAGCCAGGUGUCGAUGGGCGCCCAGUCGGAGGUCACGCUGCCCGGCAAGGUCAGCGAGAAGAACAUCAAGGUGUUGAACGCCUCCAUUACGGCACCGUCCGGCCUGGAGGAACCCUGCUUCCUCAAGAAGCUGACCAACGACCAGCUAGGCAUCUCCUUCACGCCACGCGAGAUCGGCCAACACCUGGUCAGCGUGAAGAAGAAGGAUACCGCCAUCAGCGGCUCACCCUUCAAGAUCAUGGUCAAUCCUCAGGAGGUGGGCGACGCCUCCAAGGUGAAGGUGUCGGGCACGGCGCUCACUCAGGGCAAGACGCACGUGGCCAACAAGAUCGCCAUCGACACUAAGGAGGCCGGCUAUGGUGGCGUAUCGCUGUCCGUCGAAGGACCGAGCAAGGCCGAGAUCAAGUAUGACGAGAAAGCGGACGGCAAGCUGGAGGUUUCUUACAACCCCAAGGAACCAGGCUUCUAUAUCAUCAACCUGAAGUUCGCCGACCAUCACGUCAAGGGCUCGCCGUUCACCUGUAAGGUGACGGGAGAGGGCUCGAACACGCAGACGGAGCGUAUCAAGCGUAACCAGGAGGCGGUGCCGCUCACCUCCGUCGGCUCCAGCUGCGCGCUCACCUUCAAGAUGCCGGGCGUGUCGGCGCUCGACCUGAGCGCCGCCGUCGCCUCCCCCGGCGGCGUGGUUGAGGAUGCCGCCAUCUCAGAGCUCGAGGACAACCUGCACGCCGUCAACUUCGUGCCCAAGCAGCUGGGCGUGCACACGGUGUCCGUGCGCUACCGGGACGUGCACAUCCCCGGCUCACCGUUCCAGUUCACUGUCGGCCCGCUCAAGGACGGCGGCGCCCACCGCGUGCACGCCGGCGGGCCGGGUCUCGAACGGGGCGAGCAGGGCAUGCCCAGCGAGUUCAACGUGUGGACGCGCGAGGCCGGCACCGGCUCGCUGGCCAUCAGCGUCGAAGGACCCAGCAAGGCCGAGGUCGACUUCAAGGACCGCAAGGACGGCUCCUGCUACGUCAGCUACGUCGUCUCCGAGCCCGGUGAGUACCGAGUCGGCAUCAAGUUCAAUGACUCACACAUCCCCGAUUCGCCGUACAAGGUGUUCGUGACUCCGGCCAACAAGGACGCACACAAGGUCACCGUGGGUCAGCUGCCCGACGCCGGGGUCCAGGUGGACAAGCCCAUCAUCUUCACGGUGGACCGCACCGACUGCAAGGGCCAGCUGGACUGCAAGGUGGUCUCUCCCAGCGGGCACGAGGACGACUGCUUCGCCCAGUACCUGGACGAGGACACCUACUCGGUCCGCUUCUUGCCCAAGGAGAACGGGAUCCACCAGCUGCACGUCAAGUGGAACAACGUGCACGUGCCGGGCUCGCCGUUCCGGCUGAAGAUCGGCAAGCAGGACGCUGACCCGGCGGCCGUGCACGCGCACGGCAAGGGCCUGGAGAAAGGCCACACCGGGCACAAGUCCGACUUCAUCGUGGACACGUGCAACGCCGGCGCCGGCACGCUGGGAGUCACCAUCGACGGACCCUCCAAGGUGUCGAUGGAUUGUACGGAGGUGGACCAGGGCUACAAGGUGCGUUACACGCCGCUCAGUCCUGGCCACUAUUACGUCGCCAUCAAGUACGACGGCUACCACAUCGCCGGUUCGCCCUUCAAGGUCGAGGCCACAGGUGACGAGCUGGCCGAGAAGGGGCCCAAGGAGCAGUCGUCGGUGGUGGUGGAGACGGUGAGCAAGGCCGCCACUAACAAGGAGGAGAAGCAUGUCGCCUCGCUGCCCAUCUUCCACUCUGACGCCAGCAAGGUGGACUGCAAGGGCAUGGGUCUGAAGAAGGCGUACGUCGGGCGUCAGAAUCAGUUCCAGGUGGACGCUGGACGCGCUGGUCAGGACAUGCUGUGGGUCGGCUGCUUCGGCCCGAAGAACCCGUGCGAAGAGGUGCACAUCAAGCACAUGGGCCGCAACCAGUACCACGUGUUCUACACGGUCAAGGAGCGUGGGAAGUACAUCCUGGUGGUGCGCUGGGGGGCUGACAACAUCCCCGGAUCGCCGUUUGAGAUCGAGGUCUAGCCGCGCCGCCCGCCGCUGACGUCACAGCCUCGUCGGCGUGACGUCAUAACGCCAGCCGACGCCGCAGGCAGUUCGGGUGCCUUGAUCUGUGCCUUGGCGUGCCGCGGGACCUGACCAGGGGUGGACGAGAGUAGCACUGCCAGCGCCGUCGCCAGCGCCGCGGGGCGUCGCCGGCGCGGUCCGACGGCGCGCGUCCGCCCUCCCCACCCCCCUAACACGCCGGCGAGGCGGCCCCCGUGCCGCGCCGACACUCCAGCCGUGUUUGGAGAGCAGCCGCCCCGCCCGUCUGGCCGGCUAACUCGGAGAGCCUGCAGCAGUGGGAUGGUCCUGUCUUCCCCGGCGGGCCAGCGGGAGCUCAUCUGUCCUGUCCUGUGCCUCGGCGUGUUCUAACGACAGGGAUCGCUGUGCACCUUAUUAACGCGCAUGAUGUGCCCUGUCCCUCGAGUCAUGCCCCCAACGUGUAUUCACCGGCACGUAAUUUUCCUAACCCGCCCGGACAUUUGUAUAACAAGAGAGCGCUACUG